AUGAACGCGUGCAGGACGCUGAUGUUCCUCAAACUCAUAACCAUUUGCUCGUGCGCUUUCGUGACCGUGGUGAUAAGUCUAGACCGACAGGCUGCUAUUCUCAAACCUCUGUACAUCAACAAAGCGAAGAAGAGAAAUAAAGUAAUGCUGAGCGUAGCAUGGACCAUGAGUGUCGUGUUAUCCAUGCCACAGGUAAAAGACAUUUUGAGUGCUGUCCAACAAAUGCAGCUGCACAGGUGUAAAAACAACAUCCCUAAGGCAUGUAUGCACACGCUGAAGAUGACUGUGGUCAUUGUGCUGUCAUUCAUGGUGUGUUGGACACCCUACUACAUGCUUGGCUUGUGGUACUGGUUCUGUCCCACUGGCCUGGAGGAAACAGUGUCCCAGUCCCUCUCACACAUACUUUUUAUAUUUGGCCUGUUAAAUGCUUGUUUGGACCCCAUCAUCUAUGGUCUCUUCACCAUUCCAUGCAGAGGCAGGAAGCACAGACAGCGUGAACAUAACAUUUUAGCCUUUGAGCUGGAGAACAUUAACAACUCUUUGAUGACUUCCAUCAGAACUUCCACCUCCUCGCUCACUUUAAAGAGACUGACAGUUUAGCAGACUUCUAGAGAAAUGAUUGAAUGGGACGGAGAGUAUUUGCACAGGAUUGGAGGUGAUGGGGCAAAGAAUGAUGUGGCCUUUGCUUGUCAUUCCUCCUGUAUGGAAUAAAAGCCAAAACACAUGCGUUGUCUAUAUGUAUGAUAGCUUUCCAUUUAAUUUCUAUGAAAGCCAUUAUAGGCACUUUAAUUUAAUCUUAUA